CGCUAUUGUCAUUUUUUUUUAACUGUAUGCAGUUUCCAUUCUUAUUUAGAGGGUUUAAUAAGAUAUACUGUUCCUAAACCUCUGAAAAUCAACGAUCGCAACAGCAUCAUUUCUAGUCGUUCGUAAAAAUCUCUUCCAAGGUUUCAAUUAAUAUGAUGUUUACGAGAUGGAGCAGAGCGAUAUCCCAGAUUAGUAGAGUCAAGAACUACUCCCAAUUGGGAAGUCAUUUUCAGUGUCGACAUUAUUCCAAGGUUGCGGCUGUUGCUGAACCGGCAGUUGAGAAACUCUACAAUGUUAAUUCCGAGGUAAAUUUGAACAAGAUGUUCUGGUCUAAGCCUCACUCACUGGCACUAGCACUUGAUUCACCAUUCAGAGUUGAAGAUCCACAAUACGAGGGCUUUAAGCGCUUUAUGUUUAAGCUAAUGCUGUUUUAUAGCAAGCAAAGCAAGUCCAUUCGAGGGGCAAAUGUUAUUUAUCGUCGUGUUGUUCACCAAAUUGAUAGGCCUGCUAUUUACGAUGUAUUUAGCUUGGAGAAAACAUUUAAGACCACAUUUUCGUUACUAGUUAUCCAUAUGUGGCUUUGUUUGCGACGCUUGAAACAGGAGGGUAAGGAAGGUGUUGAACUGGGGCAGUAUUUGUAUGAGAUUUAUAAUCAUGAUGUGGAGCUGAGAGUUUCUAAAGCUGGUGUUAACUUAUUGUUGAUUAAAUGGAUGAAGGAUUUAGAAAAGAUAUUUUAUGGUAAUAUUGUCGCCUAUGAUGCUGCGAUGCUUCCUGAAGCUAAGCAGGAUGAGUUGCAAAAUGUAAUUUGGAGGAAUGUCUUCUCUGAUGAUGGUACAUCUACCCCAACGGAUGCUGCUUUGCUUCCUGUCCAGGCUAUGUCAAGGUAUGUUCGCAGGGAAUGCAGCUGUCUGUCAUUGACAGAUAAAGAAGCUAUGUUUUCUGGAAACUUCAUGUUCACUUCAUUGGGAAACACAACAGCUGAUAAAGUGUAAUGAGGGGAGAGAUCAAAACCACACGUGUUCAUCAACAGCACCCAAAUUCAUGGUAGAGAUCCAGGCCUUCUUAUCAAUGACAUUAUAAGAAGAAAUUGCAGAUUGCUUAAUUAAGCAAGAGAUGUGAUGUCCACUAUUCUCUAUCUUUAGUAAACUUGUAUAAAUCUGAAGCUGCUGGUUUUUUUUGUUCCCCAGUAUGAAACUUGGAUGAAAAUAUCCUACUGUCAGAUGCUAAUUGCUUUGAUUUUAAAUCAUAAAAGUAAUAUACGAGAGUUCAAGGUUUGGAUUUA